AUGUCUGACGAAACGGAAGCCCUGCUGGGCAAUGGGAGAUCCCAUAAACCGACCCGGCUAUCCCGGCUAUCCAAACACCUGCGCAGCGAACUCGACCCUACGUAUGGCGACCUGGUCCUUCUAUUUUGCUACAUUAUCACCGGCUUGCUCGACAGCUCUGCGGUAUUCAUAUGGGGCUCAUUUGUGAGCAUGCAAACCGGUAACACUGUAUAUUUCGGCCUGGGGCUUGUCGGCACCGAAGAUGAUCGUUGGAUCAAAUCCGGAGUCUCCAUCGCGGGGUUCUGUCUAGGCUCGUUGUGUUUCGCCGCCUUCCACCGGGUUUUCCCGGCGAGAAGGAGAUGGGUUCUCUGUGCGUCGUUCCUUGUUCAAACCGUGUUUGUGUCCAUUGCCGCUUUGAUAGUUACGAUUUAUCGGCCCGCUCGCGAUGCGCCCUUGAGUUGGUUGGUCCUCGUCCCCGUUGCGCUCGUGGCAUUCCAGAGUAGUGGGCAGGCUGUGACAAGUCGUGUUUUGAACUUCACCGGCUUGACUAGUGUUGUUCUUACUAGUACUUACUGCGAUCUGUUUUCACAUCCUGAUCUCCUCACAAAGAAGGUGGUCGGUCAUGUUGAGGAGAUGCGGCGGCUUGGCGCAGUCUUGUGCUUGUUGUUUGGGGUGAUCUUGGGGGGUCUCUGGGCUCAUAGCACUGUGGGGAUGAUGGGAGCUUUGUGGACUGCAGCGACCCUGAAGUUAUUGAUUGCUGGCGCCUGGUUUUCCUGGAAAGGAAAGGGUUGGGAGGAUAGUGGAAGGGUUUUAUAA